UCACAGUUGAGAAAGUGCGAGCAAGAGAGACCGAGAAUCACGAUGGCUGAAAUCAGAUGGAUUCAAAUGAUGUUUUUACUGCUUCAGAUUACAGGGGUAGCAACCAAACAGCGUUUCAUUGUCAAAGAAGGAGUUGAAGUCACUUUGCCUUGUAACAAUGCAAUGGGGAACUGUGAGGGAACUACAUGGCUCUUUAAUCAUUUAAAAGAACCAACAGCACUGCUGGCUGAAGGUGGACUGAUUCACAAAGAUGCCAAAGCUAAAGCAGACAGACUGAGUGUUACGGAUACAUGUUCUCUGGGUAUAAAGAAGGUCACAGAGGAGGAUGCUAGUCAAUACACCUGCAGACAGUUCAGAUCAGGAGAACAACAAACAUAUCAAGACUCUCCUGUUUAUCUGUCUGUUGUUAACAUGACUGAGCAUCAGGACAAUGAUGAGGUGACGUUACUCUGCUCUGUGAAGACAUAUGAACGGUGUGAACUCACAGUGAAGUGGCUGCUUCAGGGUCAAGAUGUGGAUAAAGAUCACAGAGAUAUGACGACAUCACAGUCUCUCUGCUCUGCCUCUGUGACAUUUCCGACUUCUCUUUUUAGUUACACAACAAGGUCUGAGUUGUUUACUUGUGAAGUAACUGAUAAGAACACAAGAGACGUACAGGUGUUUCUCUUCAGCCCUCAGUCCUCAGUUCCAGAUUGGUUGAGGCUCAUCAUCGUGUCUGUCGGUUUAGCAUCGCUCAUAAUAAUUGUGGUGACGGUCACGAUAUGGACGAGAGCUAAAGGGAACAAAGCACAGACGGAUGAUAAUGCAGUGCAUAAUGAUGAAGAUGAAGGUGUAGUGACCUAUGAAAACGUUGGAGAACCUUCUGCUUCCAUCAGACUCCACUGAUCAACAAGCUCAACAUCAAAACAAACUCAUAAAGAAAAGUUAAAAAAACGAGUAACAUAAUAUUAGGUAGUUUCCUAUUUGUUGUAAAAAGUAAGUCUAAAUUGGCUUCAACUUUAUAAAGAAAAAAUGACGUUUUUUUCAAGUUUUAAACGUUUUAUUCACUUUUCUUUGUCUGGGUUUAAAUUGACUUUAAGUCUUUUAACGAUAAGUAAUAGUUAAAUAAUCUAUGAAAAAAGAUUGCCCAAAACUUGUGAUGUAAUCGAGAGUAGUUCCUUAAAUGUUGAAAAACGUCAGUUUAAAGCUCACAUUCAAAACAGUUAAUAUAAUACGUUUUUAUUCCUUUCUUUUUCCAGGUUAAGCUUUAGACACACACACACACACACACACACACACACACACACACACACACACACACACACACACACAGGUUUCAAUGAGCUUUCAGCUUCAAUAGAGUCUCUUCAUUAUUACUGAGUAUAGUUUUAUCAAAAUGCCAAAAACGUGUAACAUUAUCCUGAAUGUUUUUCUUUGUUGUUGUCAAAUGUAACUAUACAUAGUGUUCUACUUAGACAUUUUAACAAUUACAUUAUUGUUAUGUUAAAUCUCUUUGUGCACAAAAAAGAAUAGCUUUUCAUUUAUUGCAUUGCUAUAAACAUGUUUGUUAUUAGAUCAAUUUGUUUUUGUACAUGUUACUGUUAGGAUUUGAAUGAGCUUCCAGCCUAAACUAAUUCUAUAUUAUAACUGAGAAUUAUAUAAUCUGUAAAUGAAAGUUCCUAAUACUCACUCAUGCAAUGUGGAAGGUUAUUUCUUUAUUGCAUUAGAUAUUUCUUAAAUUCUGCAAAACUGAAUUAUUCAGGAUGCAGAAUUUCACACAGCUCUUUGUUGAUGUUACUGUUGUUACUGUCCCACACCAAACCGGACUCUAAUUAUUUCUGUGUAACAGAAUCCAGAGAAGUUUCUUGUUCACAUUUCAGACACAUUCCCAGUUUGCUUCAAAUCAGGUUAGAGAUAGAGAAUAUUUCAAUGGUACCAAAAGGAUGCACGGACAAAGGAUGUGGAGUUCCCCAAAGGUCGUUUCGGGAAACUCUUGUUUUCAAACUUUACAUGUACUUUGUAUAUAGACUCUUAUUGCACUAUUUCACUAUUUCACCAUUUCUAUUUUUGUAUUUACUUGCACUAUUUGUUCUGUUUU